UUACUUAAGGAUUGAUGUUAUAAGAAGUUUGUCAAACACUAUUCAGAUCAGCUGAUGAGCAAUCGUCUUAAAUAUUAUAUAAUUCAAUAUGGCGUCUAAAAUUAUCUUCAUAAUGGCAGUAAUAUUUGCUUUGAUAUGCACCAUCGCUGCCUUUGGUCGUGAUUUUGAAAGAGGAGGUAAUGGUGGUAGACCUGGCGGUGGAUUUGGCGGAGGACAAGGUGGCUUUGGAAACGGUGGUGGAUUUGGCGGUGGACAAGGUGGUUUCGGAAACGGCGGUGGACAAGGUGGUUUCGGAAAUGGCGGUGGACAGGGUGGUUUUAGAAAUGGCGGUGGAUUUGGCGGUGGACAAGGUGGUUUCGGGAACGGUAGAGGAUUUGGACAAAACAAUGGACGUGGUGGUGGUGGUCGAAGUGCACAAGGAGCAUUUGGUGGGAAUAACCAGCAGGGUGGAUUUGGCCGUGGCUUUUAAUGUUAAUUAUUAA